AAACCAGCAGAUUCAAGCAAAGUAAUGAAUGGUACUGAUAAAGUACGUCUUUCUGAUGUUUUUCUUCCUGCUUCAAAAUGUACUAGCAAAUUUACGAUUUUCACAUAUCUGUAUAUGAUACCACUUUUAAUGUUUGCAUUUUUCCGGCUUAUGAAAGUAUUUAAUGUUGCUUAUCAUUAUGCUGAUAUCAAAGCAUUUUAUAAUGUUGCUCUCCAUAUACCUGAUAAAGAAUUACAAAACUAUACUUGGCGAGAAAUUGUACAUAAAGUAAUAGAAGCACAAAAAGAACAAAAUAUGUGUAUACAUAAACUGGAUCUUACAGAACUUGACAUUUAUCAACGUAUUUUAAGAACAAAAAACUACUUAAUAGCUCUUGUGAAUAAAUCUGUGCUGCCUACACAAUUCAAUAUACCAUUUCUUGGUGAUGUAAUCUAUUUUUCUCAUGGAAUGAAGUACAAUUUAAAUUUGUUGCUAUUCUGGGGUCCAUGGUCACCAUUUGAAAAUAAUUGGCAUCUUAAACCAGAAUAUAAGCAACCUGGAAAGCGUUUGGAGUUAGCACAGUCAAUGCGUAAAACUAUUAGUUGGGUAGCCUUAAUUAAUAUAUUGUUAUCUCCAGUAAUUUUUACUUGGCAAUUAAUUUACAAGCUGUGUGACAAUGCUCAAAUGGUAAAAAAUGAACCGAGUGUACUUAGUAUUCGUAUGUGGUCCUUAUAUUCAAAAAUAUAUUUGCGUCACUUCAAUGAACUGGACCAUGAGCUUAGUGCUCGACUUAGUCGUGCGUAUGUCCCUGCUGCUAAAUAUUUACAAAGUUUUGCUGCACCUGUUAGUGUCAUAAUUGCAAAGAAUACAAUGUUUUUCACUAGUGCUAUUAUGGUACCAAUACUUGCAAUGACUAUUUAUGACGACAGCAUUUUAUCAAUUGAACACAUGAUAACUAUACUGAGUGGAUUAUCACUUUUAUUUUUGAUUUGUCGAAGUCUUGUUGAUGACGAUAAGGAA